CAUUCUUACACAAGCUCAACCAUUUGUAAAAGUUCUUCGUAUCUUGAAUACCGACAUCACCGGCAUAAUUCCUACCAGACCUCUACAACUAACAUGAACGGCAUCAAGUCGAAUCACCAAGAGGAUCCUCUUCCAGACCACGACUUCCAUUCUGUUUGGGGCUGCUCCUAUUCCGCACGCAGUACAUUACACGACCCAGCCAUUCGAAAGCUUUGGGAGCAAUAUCUUGUCUCUCCUGUUUCCGUAGAUCGACAGUAUCACGUCCUUCUAGGAUCAUACACGAAUCUGUUUGCCGACUUCUUUGGCGGCUACUAUCCGAUCUCGUUGCACGCCCAUGCCACCGAUGCUCUUCUUCCUACGACCAUCGCCAGUCUCGUUCUCAAUACUGUCGCCACUAGUCCGUUGAUUCUGAAUAGCGAAGAGCUAAGACCGAAGGCGAACGAGGAACCCGAGGAAACUGGCUCACGGAUACGGGAUUUCUCACUUGAAUUGCUUGGCUGGACGGAAGCUCACGUGCAAAAGCCGACGUUUGUCGCCAUUGAGGGCAUCUAUGGCGCUGGAUUUGGACCGUUGGCGCACACGUCGAAGGAAUGGGAGGUUCAAGCUAUCGCCUCUGGACCACCACCUAUUGUUGUGAAUCUCAAGACGAGGCCGUCAUUUUCAGAGAUCGAUACUCAAUUCGCGGCCGCGAAAGCUCAAGGUGCUAUCGCAGUCGUCUUCGACAUGGUCUCUACAGAAGAUGGAAGCGUACUGUCUGUUGAACAGUAUGCGCAGCUGAAACUUGCGGCUCAGCGUAACAGAUUGUUGAUUAUCGUGGACGAGACGAUGACUGCCAUCCGCUGUGGCGCGCCAUUUGCAUUUCAACGCCCAGAAUACAACACAAACAUUAAAGUCAAGCACAGCACGAACGGAGUCAAUGGAAACAGCACCAAUGGCGCCAAUUCUACCAUUCCAAUUCAACCAGAUCUUGUCAUAUUCGGGAAAGGUCUUGGAAUCUCAGGCGUUGCAAUCGGCUUCUCAGGCCCUAUCACACACGCUUUUACCUACAUUGAACGCGCGGAUAUACUACAAUCCAUCCUCUACUGGCGCGCACUGGUCUCGCGUCCCAUCCGUACACCUGUCCUCAUAGAAGCGCUUGGCACGCUGACCACAGCUCGCAAGGAGUGCUGGCCUGCCCGAAGUGAGACCAUUGGAGCAACGAUACGAGGCAUUCUGCAUGAUCUCGAGCCCUCUACUCGUGAGCCAGACGCUGUGCGUGGCUUGGGUGCCAUGAUUGCACUUGAUCGCGAGAUUGCCAUGCGACUGCGCGUGCAGAGUGCAAUUCGCCGGAGGAGUCCGUGGGUGAGAUGGCUGCCGAAGCUGGAUGCAGGGAAUACGGACAGGGAGCUGUUGAUGCAAUGUGUAUUCGGAAAAGAGAGCAGGGAGCAAAGAAAUGUGCUGAGCGUGGAUGCGGCGGAUAUGGGGACUAUGCCACUGUGGUGCUUUGUGUGUGGUAUUCAGGCAACAGAAGAGGCAUGGUGUCGAGAAUGCUUCCUGGGUAUAUGCGGGAAUGAGGUCUGUUUGGACGCAUUUGGGCAUCACACAUGUAUUGCUGCCUAGGUUCUUGUGGUGAGAUACCAGGGUCGUUGGCUAGGUUAUGCUACAUCAUCAGCUGUAAACAUGUGUCUUGCCUUGGUUUCCAGGGAUGCCUUGCUCUGAAAUCUUGAAUGCAGUGAGCAUUAC